AUGGCUGCAUCACAGUUGAUCCUGCAGCGGUACACUGACCUGAUCAAUAGUGGCAAUCUCGAUGCUGCAUUCAACUAUCUUUCCGAGGACGUCGUCUACGUCACGUGGCUUGGCGUGGUCGAAGGGAAGGACAAUGUGGUAACAUUUUUGCGUGAUAACGUACGCUUCCUGCACUUCACCAAGAACUUCAAUCGCUGGAGGCAAGUACAGCAUUGCCUGGACGCGGACCUGAGCCGGGGCUUCGAUGACUCUGGUGUCGGCGACUCGAACCUCUUCAACCGUGACGGGUAUGACGUGCAGGGGUACGCGAGCUUUGAGCGAGAUGGCAUGAUCGCAAAGAUAGUGAAGCUCUCCAUGCAGAAAACGCGUGUGAAGGAAACGGUUGUGAUUCGCGACAACAAGGUGGUUUUAGUCACCUUGAUGGAGCGCCUGUGA